GUGUCUGCAAGUAGAGGGCGGGCAGCUGAGCGGCGCGCGCGGUCAGGCUGACGCAUCUGGUCGCGGUUUCCCAGGAUCAGAGGCGAAGGCCCCGAGGGGAGGGGGUAGAGGAGAAAGAGAGGAGGGUGCGCGUGCGCAGUGGCGCGGGGAGGAGCAGGGACCUGGCAGCGGGUGAGAAGGCUGCAAGCGAGCCGCGAGCGGAGCCGGCGGCGGGCGGCGAGCGCGCGCACCAUGGGCGAGAAACCCGGGACCAGGGUCUUCAAGAAGUCGAGCCCUAACUGCAAGCUCACCGUGUACUUGGGCAAACGGGACUUUGUAGAUCACCUGGACAAAGUGGAUCCUGUAGAUGGCGUGGUGCUUGUGGACCCUGACUACUUAAAGGAUCGCAAAGUGUUUGUGACCCUUACCUGCGCCUUCCGCUAUGGCCGCGAAGACCUGGAUGUGUUGGGCUUGUCCUUCCGCAAAGACCUGUUCAUCGCUACCUACCAGGCCUUCCCCCCAACGCCCAACCCACCCCGGCCCUCCACUCGCCUACAGGAACGGCUACUAAGGAAGCUGGGCCAGCAUGCCCACCCCUUUUUUUUCACAAUACCCCAGAAUCUGCCCUGCUCCGUCACACUGCAGCCGGGACCAGAGGAUACAGGGAAGGCCUGUGGUGUAGAUUUUGAGAUUCGAGCCUUCUGUGCCAAAUCACUAGAAGAGAAAAGUCACAAAAGGAACUCUGUGCGACUGGUUAUCCGAAAGGUGCAGUUUGCACCAGAGAAACCCGGUCCCCAGCCUUCAGCUGAAACCACACGCCACUUCCUCAUGUCUGACCGGUCUCUGCACCUCGAGGCUUCCCUGGACAAGGAGCUGUACUACCAUGGGGAGCCCCUCAAUGUCAAUGUCCACGUCACCAACAACUCCACCAAGACCGUCAAGAAGAUCAGAGUCUCUGUGAGACAGUAUGCCGACAUAUGCCUCUUCAGCACCGCCCAGUACAAGUGUCCUGUGGCUCAGAUCGAACAAGAUGACCAGGUAUCUCCCAGCUCUACAUUCUGUAAGGUGUAUACCAUCACCCCGCUGCUCAGUGACAACCGUGAGAAACGUGGUCUUGCCCUGGACGGGAAGCUCAAGCAUGAGGACACAAACUUGGCUUCCAGCACCAUCGUGAAGGAGGGUGCCAACAAGGAGGUGCUGGGAAUCCUGGUGUCCUACAGGGUCAAGGUCAAGCUGGUGGUGUCUCGAGGCGGGGAUGUCGCUGUGGAGCUGCCUUUUGUUCUUAUGCACCCCAAGCCCCAUGACCACAUCACCCACCCCAGACCCCAGUCAGCUGCUCCAGAAACCGAUGUCCCUGUGGAUACCAACCUCAUUGAAUUUGAUACCAACUAUGCCACUGACGACGACAUCGUAUUUGAGGACUUUGCCCGGCUUCGACUGAAGGGAAUGAAGGAUGACGACUACGAUGACCAAUUCUGCUAGGAAGGGGGGCUGAAGAAGGGAGUGGAUGGUGCUGGGAGAGGUAGGGACGGGACCAAGAUCCCCACUGUCACUGAGGGGAAGUGUCCCAGCCUCUUUUCCCUUCCCCUCCAUCUGGCUGCUUCCUCAGGCAACCCCUUUGCUCCCUCACCCCCCACUCCCCCAGCAUACACACUGGACCCAUCUCUUGCUAAAAGUGGGCAUUAAUUUUUUAACUACAGCUCUGCUUCUCCAGCCCCCAGUGGGUAGCAAGCUGUGUUCAUCCCUAAAGUUGUCAGUGGGGGAUGCUGAGAAGUGAUAGUAGGGAAAGGGGGAGAAAGAACUGCCACAUUCAACGUCACACCAACACCCCUUCCUGACAUUCUCUCUGCCUCCCAUUUGAUGAGACCCUCGUGGAGGCAAGGCCAUUUCUUUGUUUCUGAGCAAAAACAAAGAAAAUAAACCUUUUAAUAGGCA